AUGGCCAGUCCGGCCGCUUGCUUGAUGCGAUUGAGCACUUGGAAGCAGGCCAUUGCAUCGGACGCGUAUGAGAAUGGCAUUCCGCAAGACGCGCUGGGCCGUCUACUCAAGAUUCUAAAGGCAAAGAAUCACCUGGAUCAGGGAACCACCACAACUUUAGUCAAGAACCUGUAUCCGCAAGAGCGAGUCUCCUCUAAGCAUGUCACGCAAGUUGUUUGCUGUCUGGGACCUAGCAAGUCCAAGCCAAGUCCUGCCACGCAGGCUUUGCUUGUUCGCUGGCUGAUCAUGACCUACGAUCUCCUCGAGGACCGGACACACCUUGGCAAACUCUACGCAGUACUGUUUAAUCAUUUGGAUAUGAUCAGUCUACGGAAGCCACUCUGUCACCUACUUUCCCUGAUCACUCGACGAAAACAUGUCAAGCCAUUUCGCAUUCAGGCUCUGAUGGAGUUGAUCCAGUCUGCGGGCGGGGAAGAGAAGGAGCUCAUGAGUUUGCUUAAAAAUUUCAAGAGCUAUUACCCCGAAAUCAUUAUCGGAGAUGUCGGUGGCUCGAGAAGGAUGGCGCUGUUUUUUAAACACCCCGACCCGGAAUGGUCGACUCAUGCAAAACUACUGCAGGACCAGAAUCUGGAGCGCGUACAAGCAGCGCAGCAGCCAAGCUACCAAGUCUUGCAUCGCGGAAUGGCAAAACGCAGCAGGAUUGAAGUGGUCAUUCCGGUUUUGCAAACCUCACGAGUGUCAAACAAGCACACGUCACUUGAAGAGAUUCGUGACAUCGAGCACUUCGUCGACAAACUCGACACAAUCGAGCUGCCGAAUCAGAUCAUCUCAACCCUUGGUGAUGCGAUGGCACAGAAAUACCUUCAUUUGGUCCAGUCCGAGGCUGCCAAUGAUCGUUUAGAUGAGUGGCUGAAGGGCUUUUUGGCAGACAAGCUAGAGAAGAUCCGGGAAGAUGAUGACGACGAACCAGAGGUUCUUUCGUUUGUCUUGGGCUUCCUUGAAGGAUAUACGUCGUUCAUAAAGGCUCUGUUACCGUCCGUUCGAUCAUUCCUAGAGGCAUAUCUUUCUAUAUGGAAUGGCCGGGACAACCGCCAACAAAUCCUGCGACUGCUUCAGUAUCUUCCGAUUGAACCCUAUGAAGCCCUCCGAGAAACGAUCUUUGACCCACUGGAACGUGCCAUGCUGGACAGUGCGGUUAGCUCUAGGAUAGAGCUUCUAAACUUCUACUCUGCAUUGAUUACUGAGUGGGGCGUCAGACUUCGAACACAACCCACCGUUUUAGAGGAAUCAUUCCCCUCGAGCAGAGUUAUACAGCAUGCUGAGCUCUUGGCAUCCUCACUUCAAGAGCUCGCCCCGACGUCUGCCAGUAGCGACAAAAGUGCCCCGCCGGUCGUUCUUUCGGUCCUUCAAUUCUACAAGUCUCUCGCGGGCUUAUUUUCCCACGCAUCUGGGAACGCAACUAUUCGAUUAACCGUCCCAAGCGCUCCGACGAUUUAUUCUAUCGCCUUCACACCUACCGUUUCUGUUAUCUCAGGGCUCAACUCAAUCCUGGCCGAUUACAAGUCUUCGUUCGAGGCCUCUCUCGCGUCCGACGUGAUAAAGCCACCAGACACUUCCGAGCCACUGUACAGGACAGAGCUGGUGAACCAAUUUAAUGGCUAUGUUAUGGACAUGUGCAAUCUUGUCUGGCGCAAUCGGGCCUUGAACACGGAAGACCCAAAUGCACAAGGUUGCCUGAUUCCAGCAGCUAGCACCACUGCCCUUACAGCGUACGUUCGCAACGUGAACGAGGCUGCUAGACAUUAUGAUCGUGAAAGCGCUUUCCAUGCCAGUCUGGCUUCCAUAUUUUCUCUGAGCCACCACGCCGCAUUUGCCAAUCUGUCAGCUGCAUGCUUCGCUGAAUUAGAGGAAAGCCAGAACGUUGCUCAGAAUCGGCCGAAGUUGCGCAAGCCAGUCACUCAAAAGGCCUUACAGGCCCUUGAGAAAGAUGGCGGUGCCAAAAUCACAUGGCAGGAGUAUCGGGUUAACAUGCUGGACUGGUUGGAAGCGGUGGGAAGCCGAGGGACAAGUGAUCUGAUGAGGAGUACCAUGAAGGCUUUACGGAAGGAAUAA